UUAUAAAAUUUUAAUUUCUAACCCUAAUUCCCAAAAUUAACUCAGAACCCUAAUUUCCCCAGUUCCUAACCCUAACAGCCGCAGCCUCACCCUCCUUCAUAACAAAUGCAUACAAAUUGAAGAAAGGGGGAAACAGGGAGAAAGAGGGAAGAGAAGGGAGACGGCGCUGGCUGGGGCCUCGCCGCCGUCACCGUCGCUGUCAAGCGUGAAGGGUGGAGAGGAGAGAGCUUGCAUCAAAGAGAGAAGAGAUGCUGUCUGCCGUCACCGUCGCCGCCCUGGAGCUCGCCGUCGAGCUGCUUCACGGCGCCGUCCCGUCCAUGGACCCACAAGCUUGCGUUACUGCCAAUCCGUUCACAAGCCGUUGUCGAUGGGACAUAAUCGCGAAGAGAGAGAGACACACGAAGAGAAGCCCACGACCAGCCUUGUCGCCGUCAGCGCCGCGGGUUGCCGUCGCCAUCCUCGCGAGCUGCCACCGCAUCGCCGUUACUGAGCUGCAGCACCGCCGUUGUCGCACUCUGCUGCUGCCGCGUCUCGCCAAGCCGCCGCUGGAGGAGGAAGGCCCGCCAGUUUUGUUUCUGCUUAUGGGUUUUGGAAUCUGAGAAAACGCCACUGCUGUUUUUGUUUGUUGGGUUCAAGAUCAUUGCUGCCACUGGAAUCACGAACCGGAAAGGAGAGGAGGCCGUUUUCUGUUGUCGCUGGUGCUGCCAUAGGACGGUUGAAGCCAUUGCUGAUUAUGAUUUUGUUAUCCGGGGCUGAAAAUUGCUUUUGAUUCCUACUCAAUUUAAAUCCUCUAUUUUACUGCAACCAUGGUCAAAGUUGCGAAGGCUGGUAUUGUUGCCGUUCUGGUUGUGUGAGAGUUACCGCUGCUGCCCUGACACUAAAAGAGAAGUUGCUCUAUGUUCCAAAUCCUGCUGUUCUUGACAUUCCUGUUUGUGCAUUGGGGGGUGGAUAUUGGAAUUAUAUAUUAUUAUACAGAUUGCCUAAAGACUAGAUAGGUAUAUCCAUGAUGAGGAAGGAAGAUGAGAACGAUGAGUCUAUAAAAGAAUCUUCAUCUCUUAGAAAAAUACCAGCGAGCAAAGUCCAAAAACAGCCAAUUAGACAGAACCCAGAAGUUACUCUUUGCUGUGAUGUAGGCUGUAAGAUUGUAGGAAGAAGUGAAGAACCCAAUGUCUACAUAAGCAAUGAACAAACCACUGCGGCUGCAACGCUUUCCUUCAUUCAAACUUCAAUUUCAUGGAAACAUAAUUUCUGCCUUCCUGUUCUUGUCCCCAGUAGAGAUCCAAAAUCCUGUGAAUCACGUAAUCCAAUGUGCUCGAAGCCUACACCAGCCUUCAAAAAGUCGCAAAGAGUUGAGAGGCAAAUUUGGUCUUGUUGCCUUUUUUUUUGCUUCUUCAAUUGUGCAGCAGUUUUUGGGUUCAGAGAUAAAAUACUUUUGGGCGUGAUGGAUGACGAUUUGCUUUUGAUGGUCCGCUCUGGUUUUGCAGUGGCGGCGGUGCCAGUGCUGGUUCCUAACCCUAACAGCCGCAGCCUCACCCUCCUUCAUAACAAAUGCAUACAAAUUGAAGAAAGGGGGAAACAGGGAGAAAGAGGGAAGAGAAGGGAGACGGCGCUGGCUGGGGCCUCACCGCCGUCACCGUCGCUGUCAAGCGUGAAGGGUGGAGAGGAGAGAGCUUGCAUCCAAGAGAGAAGAGAUGCUGUCUGCCGUCACCGUCGCCGCCCUGGAGCUUGCCGUCGAGCUGCUUCACGGCGCCGUCCCGUCCAUGGACCCACAAGCUUGCGUUACUGCCGAUCCGUUCACAAGCCGUCGUCGAUGGGACAGAAUCGCGAAGAGAGAGAGACACACGAAGAGAAGCCCACGACCAGCCUUGUCGCCGUCAGCGCCGCGGGUUGCCGUCACCAUCCUCGCGAGCUGCCACCGCAUCGCCGUUACUGAGCUGCAGCACCGCCGUUGUUGCACUCUGCUGCUGCCGCGUCUCGCCAAGCCGCCGCUGGAGGAGGAAGGCCCGCCAGUUUUGUUUCUGCUUAUGGGUUUUGGAAUCUGAGAAAACGCCAAUGCCGUUGUUGUUUGUUGGGUUCAAGAUCAUUGCUGCCACUGGAAUCACGAAUUGGAAAGGAGAGGAGGCCGUUUUCUGUUGUCAUUGGUGCUGCCAUAGGACGGUUGAAGCCAUUGCUGAUUAUGAUUUUGUUAUCUGGGUAUUGGUCUGAUCUUUUCCUUAGGAUUGAUCCAUUUACUUGUUUUGUUUUGUUACUGCUAUGGUAGCCAUGUUCUGAUUUUAAUUCUAUUUUAGUCCUUGCUUUAUCUUGAAUCCCUAGGGCUGAAAAUUGCUUUUGAUUCCUACUCAAUUUAAAUCCUCUAUUUUACUGCAACCAUGGUCAAAGUUGCGAAGGCUGGUAUUGUUGCCGUUCUGGUUGUGUGAGAGUUACCACUGCUGCCCUGACACUAAAAGAGAAGGUAUUUGUUACGUUAAAGUAUGCGAUUGCGACAUUGAGGUAGGGGGUUCAAAACGAUUUUAAUUUAAGAAUGCCUACAAGGUUUAUUGAAUAACUGCAAGUAGAUUUAAUAGCUGUGAUUAAUUGGUUGAUUAUGUGAAUAUUGAAUUGUGGCUGAAAUUGUGAUUGGAAUGGUUGAGAUUGUGAUUUGGAAUUGUUGAUUGGUGAUAUUGAUUGAUUAUGUAGAUUGGGAAUUAUUUGAUGACUUAUUGUUCAGAAUUACUAAAUUUUAAUGGGUUAUGUUGGAUUUGUUGCUGUUGAGAUGAUAUUUGGUAUAUUGUAAUGAUAAUGAGCUUGCCGUAGAAGAGGCUAUUUUGGCUCGCCUUCAGGUGUCCUCCUCGGGAUAGGGUCAUUUAAAAAACGAGGGUCAACACGACGUAUAAAAAAAAAACCUGAAAAAAAUUAGGAAAAAAAAAUCGGAGGAGUUUGCUGGUGAUGAGGCCAUUUCGGCUCGCCUUCAGGUGUCCUCCAUGGGAUAGGGUCAUUUAAAGAACGGGUGUCACCACGACGUAAAAAAAAGAAACCUGAAAAAAAAGGGAAAAAAACCGAAAAAAAUCAGAGGAGCCUGCCGGAGAUGAGGCCAUUUCGGCUCGACUUUAGGUGUCCUCCUCGGGAUAGGGUCAUUUAAAGAACGAGGGUUAGCACGACGUAUAAAAAAAAAUCGGAAAAAAAACCUGAAAAAAAUCAGAGGAGCCUGCCGGAGAUGAGGCCAUUUCGGCUCGCCUUCAGGUGUCCUCCUCGGGAUAGGGUCAUUUAAAGAACGAGGGUCAGCACGACGUAAAAAAAAAACCACCGAAAAAAAAAGACGAAAAAAAAUGGGAGGAGCCUGCCGGAGAUGAGGCCAUUAUGACUCGCCUUCAGGUUUACUCCUCGGGAUAGGGUCAUUUAAAGAACGAGGGUCAGCACGACGUAAAAAAAAAUGAAAGAAAAACGAAAAAAACAAAAUCGGAGGAGCCUGCCGGAGAUGAGGCCAUUACGGCUCGCCUUCAGGUGUCCUCCUCGAGAUAGGGUCAUUUAAAGAAUAAGGGUCAGCACGAUGUAAAAAAAAAAAAGGGGAAAAAUCUAAAAAAAUGGGAGGAGCCUGCCGGAGAUGAGGCCAUUACGGCUCGCCAUCAGGUGUCCUCCUCGGGAUAGUGUUAUUUAAAGAACGAGGGUCAACACGACGUAAAAAAAAAAAAUCUGAAAAAAAAAACGAAAAAAAAGGUGGAGCCUGCCGGAGAUGAGGCCGUUACGGCUCGCCUUCAGGUGUCCUCCUCGGGAUAGGGUUAUUUAAAGAACGAGGGUCAGCACGACGUUAAUAAAAAAUCGGGAAAAAAUCUAAAAAAAUGGGAGGAGCCUGCCGGAGAUGAGGCCAUUACGGCUCGCCUUCAGAUGUCCUCCUCGAUAUAGGGCCAUUUAAAGAAAGAGGGUCAGCACGACGUAAAAAAAAAAAAAACGAAAAAAAACAUCGGGAAAAAACACGAAAAAAAAUCGGAGGAGCCUUCCGUAGAUGAGGCCAUUACGGCUCGCCUUCAGGUGUCCUCAUCGGGAUAGUGUGAUUUAAAGAACGAGGGUCAGCACGACAUAAAAAAAAAUCGGGAAAAAAAAACGAAAAAAAUCGGAGGAGCCUGCCGGAGAUGAGGCCAUUUCGGCUCGACUUUAGGUGUCUUCCUCGGGAUAGGGUCAUUUAAAGAACGAGGGUCAGCACGACGUAAAAAAAAAAUCGGGAAAAAAAUCGAAAAAAAUGGGAGGAGCCUGCUGGAGAUGAGGCCAUUACGGCUCGCCUUCAGGUGUCCUCUUCGAGAUAGGGUGAUUUAAAUAACGAGGGUCAGCAUGACGUAAAAAAAAAAAAAAGAAAAAAGAAAAAAAACAUCAGGAAAAAAAAACGAAAAAAAAUCGGAGGAGCCUUCCGGAGAUGAGGCCAUUACGGCUCACCUUUAGGUGUCCUCCUCGGGAUAGUGUCAUUUAAAGAAAGAGGGUCAGCACGACAAAAAAAAAAAAACGGGGAAUAAACGAAAAAAAAAAUCGGAGGAGCUUGCCGGAGAUGGGGCCAUUACGGCUCGCCUUCAGGUGUCCUCCUAGGGAUAUGGUCAUUUAAAGAACGAGGCUCAGCAUGACGUAAAAAAAAAGAAAAAAAACAUCGGAAAAAAAAACGAAAAAAAAAAUCGGAGGAGCCUGCCAGAGAUGAGGCUAUUAUGGCUCGCCUUCAUGUGUCCACCUCAGGAUAAGGUCAUUUAAAGAACGAGGGUAAGCACGACGUAAAAAAAAAACCGAGAAAAAAAUCGAAAAAAAUGUGAGGAGCCUGCCAGAGAUGAGGCCGUUACGGUUCGCCUUCAGGUAUCCUCCUCGAGAUAGGGUCAUUUAAAGAACGAGGGUCAGCACGACGUAAAAAAAAAAAAAAAGAAAAAAAAACAUCAGGAAAAAAAACGAAAAAAAAUCGGAGGUGUUUUCCGGAGAUGAGGCCAUUACGGCUCACCUUCAGGUGUCCUCCUCGGGAUAGUGUCAUUUAAAGAACGAGGGUAAGCACGACGUAAAAAAAAAACGGGGAAAAAAACGAAAAAAAAUUGGAGGAUCCUGCCGGAGAUGAGGCCAUUACGGCUCGCCUUCAAGUGUCCUCCUCGAGAUAGGGUCAUUUAAAGAACGAGAGCCAGCACGACGUAAAAAAAAAAAAAAAAGAAAAAAAAAACAUCAGGAAAAAAAAUGAAAAAAAAUUGGAGGUGUUUUCCGGAGAUGAGGCCAUUAUGGCUCACCUUCAGGUGUCCUCCUCGGGAUAGUGUCAUUUAAAGAACGAGGGUCAGCACGACGAAAAAAAAAAAAUCGGAGGAGCCUGC